AUGACUAGAGGGCGGGCCGUUAGCAGAGAAUCUGGGGGAGUUAUUGGAGGGCGAGUCGGCAAUAUAGAUGGCAGAGGAAGGGUUGAGGGUGGAGCCGGAGGAGGUCGAGCCGGCGGAGGGUUUUUGGUUGGCCAGGAACCGGAACUUGAAUUGACGGCUCUGGCGAUGAUCACACAGUGCUUGCUGUCGCUGCGAGGGGGCAAGUGUCGUUGCAGAUCCAACUUUGAUUUGGUCGCGCGACAUCUGAAUCUGCUGGGAAACGUCAGGUGA